UAAGAUCAGAGACUAGUCAGUCUCUAUCUAUCUCUCUUCCGCUUGUCCGAGUUCGUGUAUGCUAAGAAGAGAGAAACUGAAAACUCAAAAUUUGGAAUCAGCAAAUAUAAAGUUAAAAGGAAAAUAAAAAAAAUGGUACAUUCGAGGAAGUUCCGAGGUGUCCGCCAGCGACAAUGGGGUUCUUGGGUCUCUGAGAUUCGUCAUCCUCUAUUGAAGAGAAGAGUGUGGCUUGGAACAUUCGAAACGGCAGAAGCGGCUGCAAGAGCUUACGACCAAGCGGCUCUUCUAAUGAACGGUCAAAACGCUAAGACCAAUUUCCCUGUCGUGAAAUCAGAGGAAGGCUCCGAUCACGUUAAAGACGUUAACUCUCCGUUAAUGUCACCAAAGUCGUUAUCUGAGCUCUUGAACGCUAAGUUAAGGAAGAGCUGCAAAGACCUAACGCCGUCGCUGACGUGUCUCCGUCUUGAUACCGAUAGUUCCCACAUUGGAGUUUGGCAGAAACGGGCCGGGUCGAAAACAAGUCCGACUUGGGUCAUGCGUCUUGAACUCGGGAACGUAGUCAACGAAAGUGCGGUUGACUUGGGGUUGACUACGAUGAAGAAACAAAACGUCGAGAAAGAAGAAGAAGAAGAAGCUAUUAGUGAUGAGGAUCAAUUAGCUAUGGAGAUGAUCGAGGAAUUGCUGAACUGGAGUUGACUUUGAGUUUGACUUGUUGGAAGUAUCUAAGAAAAGGAGUAAAUGGUUUUCAUUAUU